AUGAAGGAUGGCAAGUUAGACUUCGCUGCGGCGUCGGAGAUUCUGUCUACACGUCCAUGGCUCACAGACGAUCUGGAUGUGUGGCUAGAGCGAAUAAUGAAAGGCCCAGCGUAUCGCAGAGCUGUGUUGUUUGUAGACAACAGUGGCGCUGAUCUGAUUCUAGGGAUCAUCCCGUUUGUCCUGGAUCUCCUGCGGAUGGGCACCUCGGUUGUCAUAGCAACCAACACUGAACCAGUGCUCAAUGACGUUACGCAUAAGGAGCUGAGAGCAUUGAUGGGCAACUUGACGAACGCAGUACCCGAGUUAGGACAGGCGCUUGGCGACGGUAAACUACAACUUGCGGCAAGCGGCAUGAACACACCUUGCUUGGAUCUAUUACGUAUAGAGUCCAAGCUAGCCGAUCUGUGUGUGGGGGCGGAUCUACUUCUGAUCGAGGGGAUGGGCCGCACCAUCCACACCAAUCUCAUGGCCAGCUUCAGCAUCGACUGCCUCAAACUGGCGUGUAUUAAGUCGGGCAAGAUUGCAGAACUCUUGGGUGGUCGCAUAUACGACAGCAUAUGCAAAUUCGAAAUCGCUGAGGCGAAAUAGAUUCAUCUCGGCGAUUUACGGCGCAGCACCGUAAACGCCAUCGCUCAUCCACGUGCUCACAUGCACAUGUGUGUACUGUAUUCGCCUAUAGUCUCACAGACACGUGUGGAGAAAGUCAAGCCAUAGCACUGCAAGUAAUUACAUCCCGAACACACGCACAUACACUUUCGUGUGAACAUAUGCACUGUUUGCUGUAGUGACGUUUUUGAAAGGAUGGUUUGGUGUGAAUAGUUAUAAUGCACAUGCCAGAGUCAGAUUAGGACGUGUUAAAACGAUUAAAGCUUUUCGUUAAAGCAGAGACAUUGAAGGUCGUGAGCCAAUGGUAUAGCCGAAUUGAUUUGUCUAAUUCCAAAUUCGUCUCCUGCUGAUAGUGAUUAGUCUUUCAAAGUACGCAAAAGGCUACAAAAAUAAUAUGUUAAAGGGGAUGUGAAGUCAUUUAUGUACCUAUAAUCUUAAGUGAGAUAUCUAUAAAAAGCACGUAAAUAAAUGCGCCUAUGGUCCAACUGUGGA